AUGUGGCUGUUCAACAGAAAAGGCCCAUCUGGUUUUUCUUCUUCUUCCACUGCUGAAGAAGUCACCAAUGGAAUUGAUGGCUCGGGCCUCACUGCCAUUGUUACAGGGGCAUCGAGUGGUAUUGGUUCAGAAACUGCACGUGUUCUUGCAUUGCGCGGUGUGAAUGUUACAAUGGGUGUCAGGGAUAUGGCUGCUGGAAAACAAGUUAAAGAAGCAAUACUAGAGGAAAUUCCAUCUGCUAAAGUUGAUACCAUGGAGUUAGAUCUCAGUUCAUUGACAUCUGUCCGAAAAUUUGCUUCCAAAUUUACUUCCUCAGGUCGUCCUUUGAACCUUUUAAUUAAUAAUGCAGGAGUGAUGGCAACCCCGUUCACGCUCUCUAAAGACAACAUCGAGCUGCAGUUUGCUACAAAUCACUUGGGUCAUUUUCUUUUAACGCAUUUGUUAGUAGAAACCAUGAAAAAAACAGCUCGUGAGACGAAAAGAGAAGGAAGAAUUGUGAAUGUUUCAUCAGUGGCACACCGCUUUACGUAUAGCGAAGGGAUUCGUUUCAAUAGGCUCAAUGAUAAAAAAGGGUACAACAACUGGGCUGCUUAUGGCCAGUCAAAACUUGCUAAUAUACUCCAUGCUAAAGAGCUGGCGAGACGAUUAAAGGAAGAUGGAGCAGAAAUAACUGCAAAUUCACUUCAUCCUGGAUCGAUCACGACCAAUCUUUUCCGUUAUCUCGGUGUUUUUGAAGGUGUUAUAAGUACAGUUGGUAAAUUCGUGUUUAAGAACAUUCCACAGGGAGCAUCGACAACCUGUUAUGUGGCAUUGCAUCCACAAGUGAAGGGAAUAAGUGGUGAAUAUUUUUCGGACAAUAAUGUGGCCAAACCAAGCUCGAAGGCUGCAGACACAGAUUUGUCAAAAAAAUUAUGGGAUUUUAGCAUGGAUUUGAUCAAGUAA